AUGAUGAAGGGCAAGAAGGGUUCUGACGGGAGCACAACGACCUCCGGUACUGGAUGUUUCGUGUGUGGAGAUCGAGGACAUGGGUUUCGCAAUUGCCCGAAGAGAUCGAGCACUUCUACCAGUUCAACCUUUGGCAAGGGCACCAAGAAGGGUACCUUCUGGGUGGAGUCAAUGACUUCUUCACCUUUGGCCUUCAUUGGCAUGGUGCUACGAGAAGAAGAGGUGCUCUACAACACUGAAGGUUACGGGGUGCUCGACCUUGGGGCUACAGAGACAGUGGGAAGCUUGGAGGCUGUGGAGAACCUGAUGCGGCUUCGAGCUCAACUUCGUGGAGAAGAAGAUCAGGUUGAGGUCUUCCAUGGACCUUCAGCCAGAAAGCCAUUCCGGUUUGGGAAUGGAGGAGUUCAGAUGAGCAGUAGCUACAUCUUAGUGCCGCAGAAGGUUGGAUCCCAGACCUUGCUCUUGGGCAUGUUUACUUUGGAUGCGGAGAAGGUUCCCAUCCUCAUUGGAAUGAAGACCCUGCUUCGUCUUGGAGCAGUGAUUGAUGUCAGUGGCUGGAUGGUUUUGAGCUGCGUCGCACCAAAGGCCAAAAUUCCUUUGAGGCGCACCAAAGCUGGCCACCUUGUAGUUAGUCUCACUGAGGAUUGGUUGAGUUUGAGCCAACCACUUCAUGACAACCGUGAGAGCGCUCGAGCAUACAUGGUGCAGAAUUUGGAGGAGAACACACAACUUGAUCAUGAGGCCGUGUUCAUGAUGAACCCGGGACAUCAUCAUCAACCACUGCAGCAGCCAGUUCCGACCGUGAACGCUCCCCUCGUGGCCAUGGCGCCCAAGAAGGAGAAGGUGGACUCCAAGACCAAGGUCCCGGCCACAGAGCGGUACGACUACCAGAGGACGGAAGGGCCGAGGACAGACGACCCUCGGUGCACGGGGCCACCGUGCUUUGGGGAGCACCAACCGGCCAAACCGGGCCGCGGCAGCCCGACCGGGUGCAAUGCCAGCGGCACCUGGGUGGCAUGCCAAGCGUGUGGCCUGAGGCUGGCUUACACGCCGGCAUUUGGUGCCCACGGUCUGUCACGGCAGGCCGGACCACUCCAGCAGGACGUGAAGAAGCAGCUGGAAGAGAAGAAGCCGGUCAAGGGAUCACCCGACCUGAACAACAAGAAGAUCGCCUACGACGCCCAGGAGAGAUCUCUGGAGGACAAGCUGGAGAGGAUCAAGCAGGAGAAGGCAGCAUGGAUCCAGAGCCAGCGCCAGAAAGAUCUCCAAGCCCACAAAGGGUACAAUGGGACUUCGACGAACAGCCAAGGAGGUCCCGGGAAUCCCGACCAUGGCCACCGAGGCCAGUCUUCAACGCCUUUGGCACCAACUUCCCAAGGCGUCGUGCCCAAGAAGACCGAGGCGGUGAUCGAUUGCGAGGAGGAGAUGUACAAGACGCCCGGCAGGAAAACACGCCGAGCGGACGAAGCACCGGAGAACUUGGAGUACAACCAGCGGGGCAAUCAGGACGAGAAGGACCACUGGAGCAACAGUGUCACCAGCGCGGAAUUCGACUUCAUCGAGCUCUAUGGCAAUUGGGAUGACGUCCACCAACUACGACACACGCUUCGGGGAAAGCGGAAGUCCAACUAUGAGCCUGAAGAGGACGAGGUUGUGACGGAGAAGCUGAAGCCUGAGGAGACGUCCUUCUUGGUUGAGGAGGUCACACAGUAUAACGAGGCCCUUGACGAGAUCUUUGUCUCACUGAAUGCCAUGUCCCCUGACUAUAAGGCCCCAAAGGUUUUGGAGCUGUGCUGUGAAGAUGACAGCGGCAUCACUAAGGCCGUUGAAGCAAGAGGAGGAAUUGGCAUCCGGUGUGGACUUUUCAAUGGAUGCGACCUCAACAAGAAGAGCGGCUUCCACAAGGUCUACAACCUCAUCGUGGACGAGCGGCCAGAUGUGGUUUGGGUGUCACUGCCUUGUGGCCCGACUUCAAGCAUUCAGGAGCUCAACAAACUUACUCCUGAAGGCAAGGCGAAGGUUGAGAAGAAGGUUGCUCAGUCCAAACGUCUGGCAGCCAAGGCCGUGACGCUAAUGGAACUUCAACAAUCUCAAGGAGGUGAAGUGGUUCAGGAAUGGCCGCGCUACAACAAGGGCUGGACUUUCAGAAGCAUUCAAGCCUACUGGAACACCAUGCCUUUCCAGGAGGCAACCGUCGAUGGAUGCGCAUAUGGACUUCGAGCUCCAUGCGGCGGACUCAUCAAGAAGCCCUGGAGGUUGAGGGCAACUACCAAGCGAGUGUGGAAGCUGCAAAACCUAUGUCAAUGUCAAGAACCUCAUGUUCCUUGUGAAGGAGGAGCUCUCACAAGGAUGACGGCCUUCUACCCGGCCAAGAUGUGCUUGCAGACUGCAAAGAUGGUGGAAGAGGUCCACUAUGACCGAGUUGCGCAGGCUUACGCAGCUGAGGAGAUGCCUGACUGCAACACGGAUGUGCUAAAGCAGUUCACCGACCAGGAGGUGCAGUCUACAGCACUGGAGGUUCUGAAGCUCCACAAGAAGCUUGGACAUCCCAGCCGACAGGCCUUCGUGCGGAUGCUCAAGGACAGAGGUGCCAGUCUGCUGAUCAGAACGCUGGCAUCCAUCGUCCAUUGCCAGGACUGCCAAGAAGCUGCAAUCCCACCUUCGAGGAGAGCUGUGACAUUGGAGCAGGCGACGGAACUCUGGGAGGUGGUGCAGCUCGACAACAUGGAGAUCACAGUGGGCGAGGAGACUUUCCACUUCCAGAUUGCGGUGGAUGAAGCUUCAGGCUACGGGGCAGCCACCUUCCUUUUCAAGCAUGAUGCUGCUCCAGGCUGUAGCCGCAAUGCAACGAGCCAGGAAUCCAUCGAGGCCUUCUACAAAGGAUGGAUCCAGUACUUUGGCUACCCGAAGAUUCUGAAGCUGGACAAAGAAGGAGCUCAUCGCGGCCGAGAACUUGAAGAAUGGGCUGAGAGCCAUGGACUGGAAGUGGAGGCCAUCCCUGCAGAAUGCCACGGACAAAUUGGCCAAGCUGAACGGAUGAUUGGAACCUUGAAGCAGAAGCUGAUGACGCACCUGCGAUCAUCCGCCGAGAAAGCCCACAGAGAAAUCACCAUCAGACAGAAGGUGAACAUGGCAGCCAACACCAAGAUGCCACGACCUGUUCGCUAUGAACCCGGCGCCUUGGUGUACUACAAGAGGUAUCAGCCACCAUCCAACAAGGCUGAGAGAUCCCAUCAACGACUUGACAUCCCACGACGCAAAGUUGCUCGAUGGUAUGGGCCUGCCAGGAUCCUCGCGGUGGAGACCAAGGUGAGCUAUGAUGGCCAUGUCAGACAGCCAUCCUCCAAUGCUUGGAUCAUUGCAAGCGGCAGACUCAAGAAGGUGUCGACCACCCAGUUGAGGCACGCUAGCCCUCGAGAACGUGUGGUGGCUGAAGGCACAAGCCAACUGACUUUGCCAUGGACUUUUCAGGAUCUUUCUCAGCUCAUCAACAAGGGCGAGUAUGACGACGAGGUCAUGACGGAGCGUCAACUUGAAGCAGACGCCCGACGAGUGCGAGCCCAGUGGGAUGAGGAGCUGAGAACAGAAAGAUCGAGCAUCAAGAGGCAGCUGCAGCCUGAUGGACUUGGACUUACGGGGCAGGCAGCUUUGUCUCAAGAUGCUACAAGGCAAAGAACGACCUCACCAACCCCUGAACAGGACGAGGAGAUCGUGGAUGACGAAGAUACCGAAAUCGAGGACGCAGAAGCAGAUCCACGUCAUCAAGUUCCACCUGAAUGGGAUGCAGAUGGAGUCCUUCAUGGGCGAGAUCACUUUCCUUUUGGUGCCAAUGAAAAUGGCCCGCUCUUCAAGCACCCUCAGUUUCUCGAAGCCCGAAGACGCCAUGAGAUGGGAGAGAGACCUCAUCAUGUUCAACGACAAGAAUUCCUUCAUGGCGGAGCUCACUACAACGAGAAGCUUGAGGAGGAGGAGAACCCGGACUACUUCCUGGACACCAUCAACUUUGAUGAGUAUGCCUUCGCGGUCACCUUGCCCACUCCGAGCUCUGAGGCUGAGUGGAGGUCCAUCGUCAAAGAUCCUUCACGAUUUGUGGCGAAGCGAGUUGCCAAAGGUGUGGAGGUGUCAUGGCAGAAGUUGUCAGAGGAGCAAAGGAAAGCGAUGGGUGAGGCAAAGCAAGUGGAGAUCAAUGAGUGGGUCAAAUCCCGCGUCUGCCGAGCUGCUCUGGGAGAAGUACCACCUCAUCGACUCAUGAAGAUGAGAUGGGUCUUGGUUUUCAAGGCCACGGACGACCCCAACCAGGUGAAGGCAAAAGCUCGACUGGUGGUGGUAGGUUUUACAGACCCUGAUUUGGGGCAAGACCCUACCAGGAGUCCGACCCUGACUCGACGAGGUCGACAAGCUCUACUCCAACUGGCGAGCCAUCGUGGUUGGGAGUCCCUGAAAGCAGAUGCAAAAGCUGCUUUCCUCCAAGGAAAGGAGACUCAACUGAAGAGGCAGAUCUUUGGGAUGCCGGUGUCAGAACUCCAAGAGGCCAUGAACCUGAAGAAAGGACAAGCCGUCCAGUUCCUCAAGGCAGCCUAUGGACUUACGGUUGCCCCAAGGGAGUUCUACAUCAUGGUGGAUGACAUUCUAUGCCUCCUCCUAGACAAUCAUUCGUACAAGAUUAUGUGGUACAUGGCUUGUUCGUGCUUGAUUUUUCUUGUACUUGGCGAAACAAGAUUUUAG